GUAUUCGGUGCAGUGCGAGUGUCUAUAGUCGCGGGCUAAGUGUGCCACUGAAGAUUAUCGUGACAUGAACACCUUUCCCGGACUGUGUCGCUGGCAGUUACACAUUACAGAACUACUGGAAUGCUCCAGAAGUCCGGCGAUGAGAAGGAAGUGACUUCCGCUGUAUAUAUUAUUUAAGAACAUUUGCCCUACGUUUUGAAAAGACUGCCAGUAACGGUGGCUCCAGUGGCACCUAUUGUUAGUCAUUCUAUAAGGGAUGCAGUCAGCUAUCUUGAGAUGUGCUCGAGGUGCUGAACACUCGCCUUUUUCUUCCGUUUCGCAAAACUUGAAUCACCAAAUGCAAAAAGCGAGCCUUCACUGCCACCGUAUUUCGCAUAAUAAUAUAGAAGGGGGCAUUGAAGUCCACCCCUCUAGAACUACAGCGGGGUCAAUAGCGGGUUUCUUUCGCUAGUUCGCGACGCUCAACCGAGUCCUACUCACGUACCGAAACUGCGAACGGCGUCUUUUUCAGCCGGAUGCAUGCCUGUAUUUGCCAAGGAACCCGCGUCUCAUUUUUACGACCAGGUUCGAGUUGCUUGCGACACACACGGUAGGAAACCCGCGGCCAGUCUCGGCUUUCAAGCCAUCGAGCACCGCACGUACAGCUCGACGUGGUCUUUGAUGUAACAUCGAAGUUUCUUUCGCUUGGACCCCGACACAAACUAAAACACAAACACUUCCAUUUAUCUAUCAUAUUAUGUUUUCCUUUUUUCGAGACGUCUGUCGAGAGAGUUCGUGUCAGUUAAACUUGAAGCUUUCGAUGAUCUCAUGGGCAACGUGGCACAAACGCAGUCGUUAUCUCCUUUUCGUACGGUUUUUUGUCUAGCAUAAACUUGUGUUUUCUACAUCGUUUGUAACUCAUUAUUCCUUCCUGGCCCAGGCCGCGUGAUUCCCCUUGCGACGUAUUGUUAGACAUUGAAACACCAGGUCAAAAUAAUUCGAUUAAAAAAUGCAGCUCAAGAAGCUUUCAGUCGUCUCUAUCACCCUUUUGGGGCUUUUUAAGUUCGUUAAUGGAGUCUCCGAGGGCGUGGUCGUCCCAGUAAGAUUCGGAUCGGAGACGGCCCGUGCUGACCUGUUGAACCAAGUGUCAGAGACAGUAUUCUCCUUAGUAGAAACUACUGAAGAUGACAAAAGCGCCGCAUCUAUCGUGAGAGGCGCCUUCAGGAGUGCCUUGAAGGAAAUACUUGUUGCAGUGAAAGGAGAGGUUCAACAAACAUGCGAGGAGCUUGCGGAUCUUGCAGCGCGAAAAAUCCACGAGGCCGAAGAACGUGGCGAGGGUCGUCUCGACAAGGAAGAGGCCGUUGACGAUGAGUCAGAUUUCAGCUUCUUGGAUUCCCCGAAGACGAGUGAAGCUUCUAUCAGGCCUCACGGUUUUCUUCAAGAGAGAAAGUUCGUAGAUACGUUGAAGACUCUUGCGAAGGGAGCGCUCAAGACCUUUGUUGAACCUAUGAAAGCUGCACUUGUCGACGGAAUAAGGCCAAUGCUGCCGAAAAUUAAGGAGGUAGCUAUAGACGUCUUUAGACAGGCGUGUGAACACGCAGAGGAGAAGCUCCAGGACGCGUAAGAGCCACUCCUCUCUCGGCGCUUUCCGUGUUUUUUGCGUAUGGUGGAGCCUGUGCCUAUGUUGCGUUUGCUCAUCAAUCACAUUGAGAGGCGCACAACAAAUGAAGACGCUGAGUGGGAGUUUCCACUGCUGACAUGUUUUUGAGUCACCUCUCUUUUUUCUACCGAAAGGUAAAGUUGCGAUAGUGACUGGUAUACCGAGUUUUGAUAACAUUGUGGGCUGUAGUUCUGGUCUUGAAAAGGAAUUCUGGGCGCCACAGCAUUAUCCCAUUUGCUGCUUAAUUGACUGGUUGAAGCGGAAACAAUUUAAAGCAUCUUAAGCUCACUGGUGAGGCAUGAGCUUACCGCCGCACCACAGUGUUCUUUAAACCAGUGCAUUGCACUCCCUUAAGCGAAAUUGUAUCCAAUUCCAAUUAUGGGAACACUGGUAAAUCAUCGUCUAAUCAGUCUUGAAGUACAAGAGGGUCGCAGGCACGUAGCAUGUGUUCACUGCCAGAUACCAACUUGUCACUUCAAAAGUCAAGGGAAUGGAAGUUGAUGAACCUGGACAACGUUUUCAAGUCGUGAUACGCUCAACGAAAGUCGUUAUCGUCGACAGACCAAAGCUCCUUGAAGUCUGGUAGGCUUGACGAGUAUAUAACAAAGAUAAAGUGGGACGCAGGACCCGCGAGCACCGGGCGAGUAGAUCUGGCGGUUGCUGACGUCCAGCCAUGUAGAGGUGUCAGCCAGCUUCGCUUUACCUUUCAAUGGCAACUGUGCCGCGGCUCGCCUGGCCGCCAGAAGACAAGGCAGCUGUAUCGGAGUUUAAAGUGGUCGUAACCGUGUCGUCAUCACAGUCUGAUGCUUCGCUCGAACUGGAUGACCCAUCGUAUGUUCCUGGCAUCGGCAGGGGCGUGUGUUUUCCUGUUUGUCGUUGUCUUUCUACGGACUGUAGUAUUUUUUGUUCGGUCUGCACCAUUGAGUGUUCAUCGACGCCAUACAUUCUGUACUGCUUCAAAGCGGCUUCGU